CAUUCGUUUUCCCUCCCUCCCUCCUCCAAAUUCACCAACAAAAACCGCCGAGACGCACACAGAGGGAGGGAGAGAUAGAAAGACGAUCGGAAAAAAAGGAGAGAUCGAGAUCUAGGAUUCUUACCGGCCGUUCCUAGCCAUGGCGCCGCCGAAGCCGAGCUCUCCUCCCAACCCCAACCCCAGCCCCAGCUCCUCCUCCGACGCCGACAAGGCCAGGGGCAAGACGAAGGUGACGCCCCUGCAGGUCGCCUUCCUCGUCGAGCGCUACCUCGCCGACAAUGGCUUCUCGGCCUCCCUCGCCGCCUUCCGCUCCGACGCCUCCCACCUCUUCGCCAAGACCAGCAACAACAUAGUCCCUCCCAAGGGCCUCCUCCCUCUCGCCGACAUCCUCCACGACUACAUCUCCCUCAAGGAGUCACGUCUCGCCGUCGACUCCGCCAUGCAGGCCAUGCAGACCCUCGUCUCCACCUACUACCAUUCCGGCUCAUCCGCUCAUCUCGCGGCGCCGCCCUCCUCGCCGCCGCUCGUCCCGCCCUUCUUCGUCGGCCCCACCACCUCUUCUCCCCCGCACCCACCCAUGGUGGCCAUUCCCCCGCCUCCUACAGGCUCCUCUGGAUAUGCUACGCCUAUGAUACACUACACCCAGUCAUCCUCCUCGCUUGUUGUUCAGAAUUCUUCAAAUGCCAACAACAUGUCCAUCCCAGCAGCCAGUUCUUUGCCUACAAAAAAGAGAAAGGCAGCCAAGCCUGCUGCAAAAACUACUUCAGCCUCCAAGAGAAUAUGUGCUGGACCAUCCACAAGCUUGAACCCAAAAGGUACAAGUGCAGCCUCUCAACUGCAAACUGAGCAGCCAAGUUCAGCUGAACAUUCAGUGGUUGCAAAACUGCCGGCCCAAGCCUCAUCAGUUGCAAAAAGCUUAUUCACCCCACUCCAGUCUCAAGUCAGUUCUUCUCCUUGUACAGCUCAACUGAGCUAUCCCAUGGGAAAUGAACUUGGUUCUUGUCAAUCACAAAGGCCAUCAUCUGUGGUUCCAAAUGCUCAUGCCCAACAGGAGAUUGCUUCCUCUCAAUACUCUAUAGUUUCUUCCAAGAGACUAAUAGUCAGUCCUAUGAAAGGGGGCACCUAUUAUUCUGUCGAGAGGAGUUGCCAUGUCAGCUCCCCCUUAAAAUCAAGCACCCAGAGAUCGUCAAAAAGGGAACAUGUGAAAGGGAGGUUAGAUUUUGACAGUUCAGAUGCAAGGCCAGUUUCAGCUGAACAUGUUUCUGAGAAGCCCUCUAGCUCUACCUAUAAUGGAGAGAAGCAAGAUGACUUUGACAUUGAUUUCGCAAACUUUGAUCUAUUUGAAGGCGACUUCUCAUUUUCGGAACUAUUGCUUGACUUCGAUCUUGACAAUGAAGGCCUUCAAUGUGAGAAUCCUUCCACAAAUGGUGAAGUUCAAAGACUACAGCCCACUGUGAAGAGUAACAACAUGACUGCCGAUCCAGCUUUUCCAGAUCCAAUGAAGCCAAUGUCAGCAGACCCCACUGAAGACAUCAAUUCACAAGGAGCUACAUCUGUUACUUCUGUCAGAGCUAUUACUAAGAGGAUAAAGAUUGUUAGCCCUGUUAAGGGCCGCUCAGCUUCUUAGCAUGGUGAAUAGAACUGAACAUCACAAAGAGCAGAUGCCUUCUUGAUAUGACCACUAACUGAGAUGAUCUAGAUGGCUAGCUAAUUUGUUGCUACAUGCUGUUUUGACCAACUGCGCCGCACAGAGGAGUUCUUUCAGCAUUACACAUGGCAUUCUGAUGGCAAGCUUGUGCUGUUUUCUUCCUUUUUGCAUUUAGUAUUUAACUGCCUUCAUGUAUAGCUGAUAUUGAAUUGUAAGUGUUUCUCUUGACAUUAAUGUUAUUGGGUCAGAAGUUUGCUAUAUUAAACCUAUGAUGGUAUUUUCCAUGGUUUGCAUCAAGCUUUUGGUGCUCCUAAAA